CCGGUGGUGCACAGGCUGUGCCGGAAGUAGCGCGCGUCGACUUCCGGGCGGGACGCGGGGAGGAUGGAGACGAUCCUGGAGCAGCAGCGGCGGUAUCAUGAGGAGCGGGAGCGGUUGAUGGACGUCAUGGUGAAGGAGAUGCUCACCAAGAAGUCCACGCUCCGCGAUCAGAUCAACUCCGACCACCGGACGCGGGCCAUGCAGGACAGGUACAUGGAAGUGAGCGGCAACCUGAGGGACCUGUACGACGACAAGGAUGGCUUACGGAAGGAGGAGCUCAGUGCCAUUUCGGGGCCAAAUGAAUUUGCAGAAUUCUACAACAGACUGAAACAAAUUAAGGAAUUUCACCGCAAGCAUCCAAAUGAGAUUUGUGUUCCGAUGUCAGUGGAGUUUGAGGAACUGUUAAAGGCCAGAGACAACCCAAGUGAAGAAGCUCAAAACCUAGUGGAGUUCACAGAUGAAGAAGGGUACGGACGAUACCUAGAUCUGCAUGAUUGCUAUCUCAAAUACAUUAAUCUGAAAUCAUCAGAGAAACUGGAUUAUAUCACCUAUCUGUCAACAUUUGACCAACUCUUUGACAUUCCCAAAGAGAGAAAAAAUGCUGAAUAUAAGAGGUAUCUUGAAAUGCUUCUUGAGUACCUCCAGGAGUACACAGAUCGAGUGAAACCGUUACUGGACCAGAAUGAGCUCUUUGGGAAAAUUCAGACUGAGUUUGAGAAAAAGUGGGAAAAUGGAACAUUCCCUGGCUGGCCGAAAGAGACCAGCAGUGCUCUCACUCACGCUGGAGCCCACCUGGAUCUCUCAGCAUUUUCCUCUUGGGAAGAAUUGGCCUCUCUAGGACUGGACAGACUAAAAUCAGCUUUAUUGGCGCUGGGACUGAAAUGUGGCGGGACUCUGGAAGAGCGUGCUCAGAGACUUUUUAGCACUAAAGGCAAGUCCCUAGAAGCACUCGAUCCUUCCUUGUUUGCUAAGAAUCCAAAGACAAAGGGAAUCAAAAGAGACACUGAAAGAAAUAAAGAUCUUGCAUUCCUGGAAGCUCAGAUAUAUGAAUACGUAGAAGUUCUUGGGGAACAGAGACACCUUACUCAUGAGAACGUGCAGCGUAAGCAAGCACGGACAGGGGAAGAGAGGGAGGAGGAGGAGGAAGAGCAGAUCAGUGAGAGUGAGAGUGAAGACGAAGAAAAUGAAAUCAUUUAUAAUCCUAAAAAUCUGCCUCUUGGUUGGGAUGGCAAGCCAAUCCCGUACUGGUUAUAUAAAUUGCAUGGUUUAAACAUCAACUACAACUGUGAGAUCUGUGGUAACUACACCUACCGAGGGCCCAAAGCUUUUCAACGUCAUUUUGCAGAGUGGCGUCAUGCCCAUGGAAUGAGAUGCCUGGGCAUUCCCAACACUGCUCAUUUUGCCAAUGUCACACAGAUUGAGGAUGCAGUCUCACUGUGGGCAAAGCUGAAACUACAGAAAGCUUCAGAGAGGUGGCAGCCUGAUACAGAGGAGGAGUAUGAGGACUCCAGUGGGAAUGUGGUGAACAAAAAGACCUACGAAGACUUGAAACGUCAGGGGCUGCUGUAACUUUGCCCAGGUGAAGGAUUUCACAUCAGAAAAAAAAAAAAAUGGGGAAGUUGUCACCAGCUCCGAUUCUUCUUCAGUUUAUUGAUUUUUCUAUUUGCAUGAACAUAGGAUAC